UAUUGAUUAGAAAAUCUUUGCACUUUAUUUUGGAAACAAAUCCUAUUUCGUCGUUUAGAACAGGUGAAAAAUCUCGGUUUUAAUACAAAAUUGGAUGCAAUGAAUUUUCAUAAUUUCAAUAAAUUUACUGCUAAUUGUGAACUUGGCUCAAUUAGAAAGUAGGAAGCAGAUACCCAUAAAUUAUCCUCAAUAUAGUGGUGUCGGUAAAGGUGGACACAGCUGGCGAGGUAUCAGUCUUGAAUAUAGAUUAACCACCGUACGAAUAAAACAAACUGCUGUCGGUGGCGACGGCGCAAAAGAUACAUAAAUAUAUGUACGUAGAAAAAUAUGACAAAAAAUAAACAUAGAGGAAAAUCAGAAAUUUUUUCAGUGAAAAUUGGUUUCUAGUUGUGUACGGAUCAAAAUACACUCAGCACUUUUGCUUAUAUUACUAAUUGCAUUGAUUUGCUGCAGAAACGGCAUUUAAAUAGAAAAGCAAAAUAUUUUUGCCGAAAAAACUAAACGAAAUUUACAUUAAAACUGUUUUUGUUUAUGAUUAAUGCGGAAUUCGUGUAAAAUUCGAAGUGUUGCAAAAAAUUACUUUAAGAAUUGCACUAAGCAAAUAUAUUAAUUGUGUUGAUUAGUUCAUUGACGUUGAGAUAUAACUAUGGCUGAGGUGCGUCGGCGGAAAGGCGACAAUGAGGCUGAUGAUGCUGGUGAGAAAUUAGGGGAGGGAGACAAACGUAAUUCUGCUGCGGACUCAUCUGAUCAUGUCGACUCAGAAGAGGAAAAGUUACCAGAGGAAAAAUUUGUUGACGAGCUAUCAAAAUCCCUCCCUCAGGGAACAGAUAAAACUCCGGAAAUUUUGGACUCAGCUUUGAAAGAUCUUCCCGACAGAUGGAAGAAUUAUGUUAUUCGAGGCAUUUUUACAUGGAUUAUGAUAUGCGGUUUUGCCCUUAUCAUAUAUGGAGGUCCUUUGGCGUUAAUGAUCACGACGCUCCUUGUGCAAGUUAAAUGUUUCCAAGAGAUUAUUUCAAUUGGUUAUCAGGUUUAUCGUAUACAUGGACUUCCCUGGUUUCGCAGUUUGUCCUGGUAUUUUCUGCUGACAUCCAACUACUUCUUCUAUGGUGAAAACUUGGUCGACUAUUUUGGAGUAGUUAUCAACCGUGUGGAAUAUUUGAAGUUUUUGGUGACCUAUCAUCGUUUCCUGUCGUUUGCAUUGUAUUGCAUUGGUUUUGUCUGGUUUGUGCUGUCGCUGGUGAAAAAGUAUUAUAUGAAACAGUUUAGUCUGUUUGCUUGGACACAUGUCUCUCUGCUGAUCGUGGUCACACAGAGUUACUUGAUCAUACAAAAUAUCUUUGAAGGUCUUAUUUGGUUCAUUGUUCCCGUUUCGAUGAUUGUAUGCAACGAUGUAAUGGCGUACAUGUUUGGCUUCUUCUUCGGUCGUACUCCACUAAUCAAAUUAAGCCCGAAGAAAACAUGGGAAGGAUUUAUUGGUGGUGGUUUUGCCACAGUUAUCUUUGGAAUAAUUUUCUCAUAUAUUCUUUGUCAUUAUCAAUAUUUUGUAUGCCCAAUACUCUAUUCAGAGGAACUGGGACGCAUGACAAUGGCUUGUGAGCCAAGUUACUUGUUUACGAAGCAAAAUUACAGCCUCAGUAUGUUUGGCAUUGGCAAGUCUAUCAGUAUGUAUCCAUUUGUUUGGCAUUCAGUUGCAUUAAGUUCCUUCAGUUCAAUAAUUGGGCCUUUUGGAGGCUUCUUUGCUUCCGGUUUCAAGCGGGCAUUUAAGAUAAAGGACUUUGGCGAUAUGAUACCCGGACAUGGUGGAAUUAUGGACCGUUUCGAUUGUCAAUUCCUAAUGGCCACAUUUGUGAAUGUUUAUAUAUCUAGCUUUAUCAGAACACCCGCACCAUCCAAAAUACUGACACAGAUUUACAACUUGAAACCGGAACAACAAUUACAAAUUUACCAAUCACUCAAAGAAAGUCUUGGCGACUUAAUUACUAACUAAUAUAUUUCCCAAAACUAUUAAAUUUAAGCAAAUUAUUUCGACAAAAAAACUACAAGUACGAGUACUGCAUAUUUAUUUUAAAUAUUACUAGGAAUAAUUUAACUGUUUGUUCAUUUUUAUUAUGAAUAUAAGAUUUUCAUCUUAGCUUUAUAACAAGAAUAGGACAGCGAUUGCCACUGUUUGUUAAUCCUGACUAUGUAUAGUAUAUUCACAAAUACAUAUUUAUUACAGAGCUAUAAAAGGUCAAUGACUCACAGACUCAUCAGUUUUAAGGCGACUUUUUGUCCAACAGCUAAAUGAAAAGAUUUUGCAAGAUUCUCUAUUUAAGAAAAAAUAAGUAACUGCGGGGAAAAUAGUUGAUCAUUUUAGUGAUAUUUACGGCAUGUUGCUGUAGAUUGCAACAUAAUAGCUUCCUGUAGAUUAGUGAUGUUUUAAAAUUACUUGAUUUGUAAGCUUCACGACGUAUAUAACAUGUGGCCGAUCCUGACCAUUGUACAAUAAGAUGAAGACCAGUUCACCAGUGUUUUAUAUUUUGUUCAAAAUAAUGGCUUUACCGAUUACAGAUCACUUCAUACAUAAAAAAAAACAUGAAAAUGAAAUAAUCUGUUAAGUAUUUGAGAAAAUUGUGCAAUACUCACUGAUGGGCAAAACUAAAGCUACUAAAAUAACUAGUCUCAACCAUUGUUAAUUUAAUUUGAUAUGUAAAACAAAGGCAUACACAUAUUUCAUUUCAAGCUUAGAUCUCCUUUAAUAAAAAAAGUACAGAAUGAAAAUUCAUUAAAUUAAUUCUACAGAACUAUUUUUUACGCUUAUUAAAAAAACUGAAAAUUUCCCAGCCAAAACUAACUCUACUGAACUUUUUUCCAAUGACUUUUAAAAAACUGUUUUUUAUCACCGCUUCUCAUCCAUGUGAAAUUAAAUAUCAGCUGUAAUAAAUGUGGCAUAUGAGAUAGCUUCACGUUCUGCCACGUAAUUUAGCAACAAUGACAACGUCGCACCUUCUGUCCGCAAGAUGUUGACAAUCUGGUCAUCACUAGCUAAUCAAAUGCAAUAUAAAAGUUUUCACUGCGAGGUUGAAAUGGAAGAGGAAAAGUAAGUUUUGAUUCAAUAAAUACUACUUUGAAGUGUGAUUUUGUUUAUUUAUUGUUUUUAGCGUGAAAUUAAGUUCAAAUGAAAUGAAUUUUUUCUAGCUUAUUUCCAUAUUUCGGCUUAAAAUAACUUGUGCAAUUUCGCGAAAGCUAAUCAACUGAGUAUCAGUAAAAGCACAUCAAAAAAAGCACCAAUUAUUGCUUUAGAUUUGCGAUCUAUGAUGAUGGACUGAUAUCGAGACUCCGACUUUGAAUCGUUUCGCCUUGAGCUACUCCUUAACACGUUCCCUGUCCCAAUACAAAAAUGCAAAAUUGACCGACAAGUCCAACAGGGUUUUUUGAAUAAUUUGUUUUUUAGUAGUCAUAGGAUAGCUUUAGUAAUAAUAAUAAUUAAAAAACAAAAGACGGAUUUAGGGUAUUUCUACAUGAAACACAUAUGGUCCAUGAGCGUAGAGGGACAUUUUUGCUUCUGCACGUUCAUGAAACACAUGUGGUUCAUAUACCCCCUGACGCACAUAUGGCUCAGGAACGUAUCAGUGCUUAUCAGGUGCACGUUUACUGAACCAUAUGUGGCUCAGCGGACAGGGAACGUGUUAACCAAUUGCCUAAAUCCACACUCAUGGCAUAUUAUUCUUUGCAUAGAACAGAGUUGUAUUUUUAAAACAUAGUUGUACAUUUUGCAGCCUCUACCACACGUCACAGCACCCUUGUCAUCCGGUUUGUUAUAGAUGAACUUUUUCGAAUCACAAUCUUUGAUAUUGGACAUAAAUUGAAUUGAGUAAAAAAUAUUUCUCCAAUUGAUUGUGCUUUAGAAAAUGCUGCUCUGAUUCAUUGAUUUUUCUUUGAAAUAAUAUAAGUUGCACAAUUUCCAUCAACGUCUUUGUGUUGAGUAUGACAUGCUUCCUAAAACUGUAAUUAUUUCCUGCGUAUUAGUAGUAAUACUAACGGUAUCACUUAUAUUAACGGUCUUGCAUAAAUCAGUUAUGUUUAAAUAGUUUGCUAGAAAUAAACACUCAAUUAGUGUAAAUAAGAAAAUUAAAAAAAACGAUAUUUAAUUCAUCUCCAACGUUUUAAGGAAUUUGAUUAGUUUUGAUAGGUAUAGUUUUGCCCACCAGUGUGUUUUAUAUUAAGAAAUUAUUUGGAGGUUAUGUCGAGACACUUAAUGCAAAUAUUAUUUUUGAGAGCAAAAAAAUAAAGGCCGAUAUAUUUUUUAUAUAUACAUAUAUAUAUAUAUAUAUAUAUAUUCUUUACAAAAUAUAUUAUAUGUAUGGCCAUGUUA